UCCUCAACUCCAUUCCCAUUCCCAUUCCCAUUCCCAUUCCCAUUCCCAUUCCCAAUACCAAGAAAAUGAAACAAUAAAAAAAGCAUAUCUCACUUAUGAUUGAAGCAGCUGUGAUUGGAUUCAAGCUCUUUUGCCCAUGUAUUCCAGCCCAUCACACUCUGUCUUUCUCUAGUAGUAGUAGUAGUUAUUGAGGUAAAAUGGAGAAAUAUGAGGUGGUCAAAGAUUUGGGAGCCGGCAAUUUUGGGGUUGCUCGACUUCUCAGACACAAGGAUACCAAGGAGCUUGUUGCUAUGAAAUAUAUUGAGAGAGGUCACAAGAUAGAUGAGAAUGUGGCAAGAGAGAUUAUCAAUCACAGAUCUCUUAGACACCCUAAUAUAAUCCGGUUCAAGGAGGUGGUUUUGACACCUACCCAUUUAGCAAUUGUGAUGGAGUAUGCUGCUGGUGGUGAGCUCUUUGAUCGGAUUUGCAGUGCUGGUAGAUUCAGUGAAGAUGAGGCUAGAUAUUUUUUUCAGCAGUUGAUCUCUGGUGUCAAUUACUGUCACUCCAUGCAAAUAUGCCAUAGAGAUUUGAAAUUAGAAAAUACCCUUUUAGAUGGAAGUCCUGCACCUCGUUUGAAAAUCUGCGAUUUCGGUUACUCUAAGUCAUCUCUGUUGCAUUCAAGACCCAAAUCAACAGUUGGAACUCCAGCAUAUAUAGCACCGGAAGUUCUGGCGCGGCGAGAGUAUGAUGGAAAGUUGGCAGAUGUAUGGUCCUGUGGAGUUACCCUUUAUGUUAUGUUGGUGGGAGCUUACCCUUUUGAAGACCAAGCUGACCCUAGGAAUUUUCGGAAAACAAUUCAGAGAAUAAUGGCCGUUCAGUACAAAAUUCCAGACUACGUUCAUAUAUCUCAAGAUUGCAAGAACCUACUCUCUCGGAUAUUUGUUGCCAAUCCUUCCAGGAGGAUCACACUUAAGGAAAUAAAAAACCAUCCUUGGUUUCUGAAGAACUUGCCCAGAGAGCUAACAGACACAGCACAAGCUGCUUAUUACCGGAGCGAUAACCCUACAUUUUCUCUUCAAAGUAUAGAUGAGAUAAUGAAAAUUGUGGAAGAGGCAAGAAUUCCACCUCCAGCAUCAGUGCCUGUCAAGGGCUUUGGUUGGGGCCAAGACGAUGAUGAGGAGGAAGACAUCGAUGGGGAAGUGAAAGAAGACGACGAAGAAGAUGAAUACGAUAAGCGGGUGAAGGAAGUCCAUGCAAGUGGAGAAUAUCAAAUCCAUUAAGCAAAUGUAAUCUUCAUCCAACUGUUGUGUAAUAAAAGUCCUGGCUUUAUGGCUUUAAGAUUGUUCUAUAGCCAAUAACUUUUGUUUCAUUGCUAAAAUAUUGAUGUUCUAGACUAUAACAUCUCAAACUUGAGCACUAAACUAUGCAUGUAACUUUACAGGAUUAAGUUGACUAUGGAUUGCAGGUGAAUGAGGAAUGAAAUCGUAGUGUUAUUUGAAUA